GUUCCCAAAAGCUACUCAUGUGAAUUAAUGCGACUGGGAGCUUCUCCUGUGCGUUCUUUUCUUCGCUGUUCCUGGAUCUCCAACGGGACGAGUGGAUCACGUAAGCCUGUUCCACUGAAGCCGCCGUUCCCUGCGUUUGGAGCGGGUGACGAGAGGUGAAUUCGAGAAUCCUCGCAAGGCUAACUUCACAAAGGCUGAUGGAGCGUUAGGGAAAAGCGAGCACCUCACUCCAGCGAUAAAGGCCACAUUCGUGAGAAAAGAGGCGAAAUAGAAUCGUUCCCGUUUUCAGUUGUUUGUGAGCUUGAGUGUGCGAUGAACGGGAAAAACAAUCGUAUUUGAGUGUCUGAUUUGAUUUGUUCGUCAGGUGUGUCGUGAAUUCUUACAAUGAAGAUCCGUCAUCCUAUCUGAUCUUGGAGCUCCACCACUGCAAAUACAUGACGUACACACAGUCUGCGUUCCUUCAUUCGUUCCCUCGUUCCAUCGUGAUGGCGAGUGUUCAUGCGGAAAAUCGGAGAAAAAAGCAAUGAAAAAACUUGACACUUUCAACUCUUGGGGUCUGCAGACAUGAACGACGUAGAGGGGAAAUCUCACGAAUCUGCUUGAGCAGCACCCAAUGUCAUAAUAUCAUUCUUGGCUUCGGGCUCUAAGAAAGACCGAAGGAGAGAGAGAAAGAGGAACGGAGGAGAAGCGAAAAAACGAGAUCCCUGGGACGAAAAUUGCUGACGGGUUUCCACCCCUCUCGGUAGAGACACCUAUUGCUGCUGAUGCUGCUGUCUGGGAACAACACAUCAUAUUACUCAUCCUCCCAAGAUAUAUGAAAUCAAGAGGGUGAGGGCGUCAUGAGUGUAAAAAGCAGUUUGUUCCUGGCCUGAGUGAAGUCUCACGGGGUACUCGAAUGACAUUCCCGUGACAUGUCUUGAAACAGCUAGUCAAAAUUCGAGCUUCGAGUGAAGAUUGUGCCCCAGAUAUCUGAGGCUCGUUUUCUCCAAGCACGACCAUAUGGGCCUUAUCCUCCUCCUCAUCCUCGUCUCAUCAACAUUGUGUAAUGUGGACACGAGAGAAAACGAACUUGGCCUCGAAUGCGUUGUACUACACUACCACUACUGAACAUUACGCAGUCGAGAAGUCGAGGCGCAUCUUGAGAGGAUGACAAUCAUUGGAGAACCGUGAUAUAUCUCUGGGAAAAUUUAGUUCCAAUCUGAAUGGAACUGCAGGCUAAGCGGGAAUUAAUCUAUAAAGAGACUCCAUAAGCACAAAAAGACGGAAAGAAGAAGUCUUUGUGGACUGUAAUAAAGAAGAAAAAGUUUCUUCCUCGUUUCCUUAAGCGUCGUCCUUGGUUGGGGAAAUUUACCACUGGACAGAGACUAAACCAACCCAGUCAACCCUGCCACGUGCAAUUGGGAGCAAUUUCUGUGCAGAAUUUCUUCAACGUUCUUGCCAAAAGACUCUUCAGGAUAGAAUGGUUGAACCACGAGCAAAAGAAGGCAAGACGAAGGGCUGAAUAGUAAUAAUGAUAUUGUAAUAAUGAUACGACUGUUCGUUCCGCAUGAAUGACUGGAUGUGUCUUGAAAUCCCCCUGCCUCUGUAUGAGACAUCUGUAUUGUUACAUUAGCCAGCCGAGCUUUUGUUGUAUGGAACCAUAUCUCUCGACAUUGCAAAAAGAGGCCUUCGAGCCAAGACCAAUUGGGCUUGGAGACGCCACAAGCAAAGUGUGCCAGAUUCCUUAUCAUAUUUCCAGGUACAUGCGAGCAGUCUUGAGUCUAUAUGGGGGUACAUUCGCAAACUGGCUCUCACAAGCCAUAAGGACAAAGGCUUGGCAAAGUGGAAGAUAAAAAUCUUUUCCGAAUGUCUGCCUUUAUGUAAUCUCUGCGGUUGAAGAGCAAGCAAGGAUAGCCAGAACGUGAAGAAAAGAGGAAGAACAAGUGUGGAACGAGGAGGGAAAGAAUCUCUUUGCAGUCAUUUUGCCCCUCCUUUUCCGAACGGACUUUCAUUUCCCAAGAUUGAGGUCUCGCAUCCACGUGCUGUCAAUUUUUAUCUAGGCUAUUCAAACACCGCCACCGUUGACCUCGUGACCUCGAGAAGUCUCGAUUGGGGAAGAAGGUGCGCAAAGGAAUUGGAAGCCUUUUAUUGUUGUCAUUUCGAAUAUGGGACCACAGUGGAUUUUGGCGGGAGUUUUGAACCCGGGCUUAGGCUUGAGGGUUCGUGGACGACGACGGCCGUCUUCCUCAUAUUUAUGGGACCUUCAAAGGCUCCUUUGGACGCUCGUCCUGCUUGGUCUGACACUGAUGGGCGAUUGUGUGUCUUCAAAUUAUGACACGAGCAUGGUUCACCGCCUCCUUCAGGACCGAGAGACACUCAUUCAGGAUGGCCUCUCGUAUUUCAAUGGGACAACUUUACGUGAUAUUGAGCAACACAAUGCAGGCCAUGAGGUGAGAUGCAUCAUCAGCAUUGAGAACUGGACCCGCUGGAUGCUCAGCUUUCCCGUGGUCUAUACCCACUACGGGGACUUUCAGUUCGGCUUCCACGAGCGAGAAGUGUUCGCGGCCCACCGAGAAAUCGUCGUCACAGUCAAUGACCUGGACUCGAUCACCGGAUCCUCAGGAGUGAUAGCCUGGGAAUUGGGUGAGAAGAACAUCCAUCUAAUCCUUAUGUGGUCCGUUCCCUACAAUCUCAAUUUCUUUAAUGCCCAUUUCGGCUUUGGCAUGGUCCACCUCACCACCAAAUUCACCCGAGACAUGUUACCCUAUUGGUACCGACGCAUGUACGAGGGAGAUCCGGGCUCGUACAAACGGGGCGAGGCCGGGACGAGUCUCGUCUACAAACACCACGACGUGUUCAUUCUCGGCCAUCUGGAAGCGGAUUCCUAUCAACCCGUGCUCAAUGUGUCAGUGAUGCCGUGGUCUACCAAGAACCUGGCUCCUUCCAUAUGGCAUCAGCUAUAUCUGCAGACAGUGCGAGAUCGAGAAGCUCAGCCUUUCUCAAAGGCUUCUUCUCCCAACUUCCAUAGUACUUCGCGCAAUCAGAUCUUGAUAAUCAUUCUUCUGACACUUGUGGCUUGCCUUCGCCAUUCAUUAUGGCCUUUAUCUCAAGACCAGCUCUUCUACUUUCAGUCCUCUCAGAUUGAGGUCUUAAAAGACACCGACAACGAUUGCAAUCAGAACACACAAUUGUUCGCUACAAAUCAAGGUCAAAAGGACUCCAAGUCUUCUUUAUCAUUAUCAUCAUCAUCAUCGUCAUCGUCAUUUUCUGUUUCUUCUUCACCGCCACCAUAUGGAUUUUGUGCCCAACCUAGGCCCUUCAGAGGCCUCCCAAAGCACAUUAGACCCAAUUUGGGUGGCCUCGAACUCAAAGAGACAUGAUUCGUCUUCAUCAGCAUUUGUCGAAGAGGAUUUACUCAGCUUCUGUGUUCCCCCUCGCCGUAUUGUAUUACUGUUGUCGUGAUUACUCUCGAGCUACAUACGUAGCUCGCUACUAGCUCGCUAGUUAGCUAGCUACUUGCACCUGAUGGGAUGAAUGGACGGAACUUUUAACCUGUGCGACUGGCAAAACAACGCACAGCUCAAGAGUUUUUCAGAACAGGAAUUUAUCACGACGAACUGAAGAUAUUUGAGUUCGUUAGUGCAUGACACGCCAAAGAGCUCGCCGAGGAAAUGCUCAAAAAACAAUUUGCUUUCAGUUUCCCCAAACCCUCAACAACAGACUCUCCCUGUCGAUUAGUUUUAUCAUUGUCACUUUUUGUCACCAUGAUCUCAUGUCGCUUCCUAAGAAUUUGCCCUUGAAUUGGGUUUACUGAUUCACUCUUGCACAAAGAGAGUUUUGAACUGAUUUCGCUCGCUAAUCAUUCUUUUAUGUUUCAAAAAGACCUAAAUUAGCCUAAAUUCUGUCCAAAAUUAAGGGCAGUUGUCAUUUUGCUAUAUUACAACGAAAAAUGAAAAUAAAAGGUAUAUUUUAUAAAGAAAACACUGGCGGGUUUAUAUCAACAUAAUGCUUCUUUUGUGCAAUUAUGAUUUGUGAAACCGUACAAAAUUUUCACCGUUAUCUUUAUUUUCCGACUGUCAAAAACGUUUUCAAUGCCCCAUUCUCUUGAUUUGUCAAAAGCUCAUUCAUUGAUUUCUUGUUUCUGCUCAGCAGAUUUCAUCCCAUACUUGUCAUGAGAAUAAACACUAGAAA